ACCAUGUGCGACGACGAUAUUGCCGCUCUCGUUGUAGACAAUGGAUCCGGUAUGUGCAAAGCCGGUUUCGCCGGAGAUGACGCCCCAAGGGCUGUCUUCCCCUCCAUCGUCGGCCGCCCCAGGCAUCAAGGUGUCAUGGUGGGUAUGGGUCAGAAGGACAGCUAUGUAGGAGAUGAGGCCCAGAGCAAGAGAGGUAUCCUUUCCCUGAAAUACCCCAUUGAGCACGGCAUUGUCACCAACUGGGAUGACAUGGAGAAGAUCUGGCAUCAUACCUUCUACAACGAGCUCCGCGUUGCCCCAGAAGAGCACCCAGUCCUCCUUACUGAAGCUCCCCUCAACCCCAAAGCCAACAGGGAAAAGAUGACCCAGAUCAUGUUUGAGACAUUCAACUCCCCCGCCAUGUACGUCGCCAUCCAGGCCGUCCUCUCCCUCUAUGCUUCCGGUAGGACCACCGGUAUCGUUCUUGACUCUGGAGAUGGUGUUUCCCACACAGUCCCCAUCUAUGAAGGUUACGCUCUCCCCCACGCCAUCCUCCGUCUGGACUUGGCCGGCAGGGAUCUUACUGACUACCUCAUGAAGAUCCUCACCGAGAGGGGAUACUCUUUCGUCACCACAGCUGAGCGGGAAAUUGUCCGUGACAUCAAGGAAAAGCUGUGCUAUGUCGCCCUGGACUUCGAGCAGGAGAUGGCCACUUCCGCCACCAGCUCCACAGUUGAGAAGUCCUACGAGUUGCCCGACGGUCAAGUCAUCACCAUCGGUAACGAGCGUUUCCGUGCCCCCGAAGCCCUCUUCCAGCCAUCCUUCUUGGGUAUGGAAGCUAACGGCGUUCACGAGGCCACCUUCAACUCCAUCAUGAAGUGCGACAUCGAUAUCCGCAAGGACCUGUACGCCAACACUGUCAUGUCUGGUGGUACCACCAUGUACCCCGGUAUUGCUGACAGGAUGCAAAAGGAAAUCACCGCCUUGGCUCCCAGCACCAUGAAGAUCAAGAUCAUUGCUCCCCCUGAGAGGAAGUACUCCGUAUGGAUCGGAGGUUCCAUCUUGGCUUCCCUGUCCACCUUCCAGACCAUGUGGAUCUCCAAACAAGAGUACGACGAGUCUGGCCCAUCCAUUGUCCACCGCAAGUGCUUCUAA